AGCUGGCUGACUGAUUAUUUAGGCAGUAAGAGUAGUACUAUUCGUCAGGCUCCCAGCUGCAUCCCCGAAAGGGUGGGUGUAUCUGUGUGUGAGUGUGAAGGGGAGUGGGAGGCCAUUUCUCGCUGUUGUCAGAGCACUGCAAUUGUUCUCUCUCUCUCUCUCAACAACAGCUCGGUUAUUCAAGCUUGUCUACCGAAGCUGCUGGAUUCUCUCUUGCUUGUCUCUUUUCUGAACUGCUAGGCCGGUGAGUGGAAGCAGGAUGAUAGUUUUACUGUUGAUGCUGCUCUGUUACUCUGGCUUCUUGCGCUUCACCCUGGGCCUGACCGAGCUCACCUCCUUUGCCAAGACUGAGGACCGCCUCUUUAAGCAUCUCUUCAAGGAUUAUCAGAAGUGGGUUCGGCCUGUGGAGCACCUCAAUGGGACAGUGAAGGUGAAGUUUGGACUGGCAAUCUCCCAGCUUGUAGACGUGGAUGAGAAAAACCAGCUGAUGACAACAAAUGUGUGGAUGAAACAGGUGUGGGUGGAUGUGAAGCUAAGAUGGAAUCCAGAUGACUACCUGGGAAUAACAUCUAUCAGGGUUCCCUCUGACACAAUAUGGAUCCCAGACAUUGUUCUCUAUGACAAUGCCGAUGGAAGGUUUGAAGGAUCAGUCACCAAGACGGUGGUAAAGUACGACGGCACGAUUACGUGGAUCCCCCCGGCCAACUACAAGUCUUCGUGCACCAUCGAUGUCACCUUCUUUCCAUUUGACCUGCAGAAUUGCUCCAUGAAAUUUGGCUCCUGGACCUAUGACGGCUCACAAGUGGACAUCACACUGGAGGACUUCCAUGUGGACAUGCGGGACUAUUUUGACAAUGGGGAGUGGCAGAUUGUCACAGCCACUGGUAGCAGGGGAGUGAGGACUGAUGGCUGCUGUUUCUUCCCCUUUGUCACCUACUCCUUCGUCAUCCGCCGGCUCCCCCUAUUCUACACUCUGUUCCUUAUCAUCCCCUGCAUUGGCUUGUCCUUCCUGACCAUCCUGGUUUUCUACCUCCCUUCCAAUGGCGGGGAGAAGAUCUCCCUGUGCACCUCGGUUUUGGUGUCCCUCACUGUCUUCCUCCUGGUCAUUGAGGAGAUUAUACCCUCCUCCUCCAAGGUGAUCCCUCUGAUAGGGGAGUACCUGGUUUUCACCAUGAUCUUUGUCACCCUCUCCAUCGUGAUCACUGUCUUUGCGAUCAACAUCCACCAUCGCUCCUCCUCCACCCACCACGGUAUGGCUCCAUGGGUCCGGCGCAUCUUCUUACACCAGCUGCCCAAGAUCCUGUGCAUGCGCAGCCAUGUUGACCGAUAUGUCCCUCCUAAUGGCAGGAGUAAGGGAGCUGACGCUACAUCUUCCAGGAACAACCUGCAGGCGGCGCUGGACUCUAUCCGCUACAUCACCCUGCACGUGGUGAAGGAGAACGAGGUCCGCGAGGUUGUUGAAGACUGGAAGUUUGUGGCUCAGGUGCUGGAUCGUGUUUUUCUGUGGACGUUUCUUCUGGUCUCAGUCUUGGGGUCUGUGCUUCUGUUCAUCCCAGUCAUUUACAAGUGGGCCAACAUUACUGUCCCAGCUUAUGUGGGGAACAGUGGCUGAUCCCUUAUUAUGUGGACACCAGCUGUCAUCAGUGUGGACGUUACUGCAAGUGCUGAGUGACUUUUCACAGAAGGGAGUCCAUUCCAAAAGACACUGAAAAUAGACAUCUUUCAAAACCAUCACUGUAUGAAAAGAGGAAACUUUUAUUCUUCACUUCAUUAUUAUUAACAGCUGGAGACCACCUUUUAAAGUUGGUUUGGUGAUAUCAAAAAUCAAACACAUUGCAGCGUAUAGAGGUACGCAGGGGUAGGAAAUCUGGGUACCCAUUCUGGUAAUGUUAUGUUAUAAUCUUGUAGUGUUAAAAUCUGGUUAUUAUCUUCAUUUUAAGUCUGAUGUCUGAAUUUCAUAUUUGCUGCAAGUCUUUUCUCCCAACAUAUUCCGUGUUGUUUUGAUAUUCUUUUAUUCACACAUCAUUGAGUAGGUAAAUCCAUUAGGGAAUAUGUGUUUUUUCUCUAAACAUCGCAGUGUAUCCAGACCAUGCUCUCUCUGGCAACAAUGCAGGUGCUCUGAUUGCAAGGGGUUCACACUGUGGGAACAGGAAACCAGCAUUGUUGUAGGAGGGACUGCGAUCCACUGUAUACAAAAUACAAAUAAGGGAAUAUUUGAAACUAUACUAAUCAACAGUUGCAGUGUACAUAAAUUAAAAAGAAAAUGUUUUUUUUUUUUUUUUGCAUAUGCACAGGUUUAAAUGAUUAAAAAAUUAUUUAUUUCAAGAUGUUUCAGACAAAAGCCCUUCUACACAGAUGAAGGAGGGCUUUUGUAAUACGCACGCACGCACGCACGCACGCACAGUCGCAGACAAAA